GGCAGGCUGUGUGUUUCCCACAGUUCCUCAUCUCAGAGGAACGCCAGCACUCGUCUCCUUCUCCCCGUGAAGCUCCCAGCAGCAGCUCCGAUGGCGGCGUGUUUGAGGCUUCUUCUGCUGCUGCCGCUGGCGUGCUGCCUCCCCUCCCCCUCCCGGCCUCCAAUGCGCUACUGCCGCCGCUGCUGCGACCACACGGAGCCUCAGGCCGGCCCCGCACACUACCGCGUGCCCGAGGUCCGCACCGUGGUCAACAUGACCAUCCUCAAAGGUGAUAAAGGCGACAGAGGGGAUAAAGGCACGCCUGGUAAGCCAGGUCUGGAAGGACCCCCCGGCCAAUUCGGACCGGUAGGCUUCAAAGGCAGCAAAGGCCAAGCGGGCGCCCCCGGGGACCCCUGCAAGACCCCCCACUCGUCCUUCUCGGUGGGGCGCCGCAAGUCCCUGCACAGCGUGGACUACUACCAGGCGCUGGUGUUCGACACGGUGUUCGUGAACCCGCACGAGCACUUCAACAUGUUCAAGGGCAAGUUCUACUGCUACGUGCCCGGCGUCUACUUCUUCAACGUCAACGUCCACACCUGGAACUUCAAGGAGACCUACCUGCACCUCAUGCACAACGAGCAGGAGCAGGUGAUUCUCUACGCGCAGCCCAGCGAGCGCUCCAUCAUGCAGAGCCAGAGUGUCAUGCUGGAGCUGGCGCUGGACGACGAGGUGUGGCUCCGCCUCUACAAGCGCGAGCGGGAGAACGCCGUCUACAGCGACGACGUGGACGUUUACAUCACCUUCAACGGGUACCUGGUGGCGCCCGGUCUCCAGUGACCACGGGUCCGUAGGGGACUUUUAGAAAUGCAUGGUGCUCUGUUGGUAUUCUACCAAGACUGGAACACAUCCUCACCAGGACUAGUCCUCCCAGCAUGCAAACCACCACACCUCCAUUUUAAAGAUGGUGCUUAAACCCGAUCCAAUUCAGGUCAAUAUAUACUCGGGUGUCCAGAGUUCUACCGGUAGCUCCUUGACUAUGGUCUAAGAAUAUAAAAUGUCUUAUCCUGCACUAUUUAAAAUGAUAUCGCAUCCCAAUGGGGCACUUUAAAUAAAAUACUCCAAAAAUCUCAA